UUUCUCAAGCAUCAUGCAAGAAACUCUGCAGGAUUUGGCCCCGCAGUGUCAGGUGACCUUCCUGAAGUCAGAGGAUGGAAGUGGGAAAGGAGCAGCUCUGAUCACAGCUGUGGCCUGUAGAGUCCAGAGUGAGGGCCAGCACUGAGCCACCACAUGCAACACACUUACUGUGACUUAUUUCUGUAAAUCACCAUGAAAUGUUACUGGAACACUGAAUGUUUUAUGACUUUUAUUCUGUUGUCUUGAAAAAUAUAUUUUUCCUGUUUUGCAUGUAGGUUUCUGUACUUUAUGUGACGAGUGGACAUGAUUAGGUCAGAUGAUGUCACACCUUCUAGAUUUGACCGUACCAGCUUUCUGAUGUUUUGUUAACACUCCGUGAUGAACUUUCAUUUUUAUACACAGGUUUAAUUUUUUUCCCCAGUGUUAACAUAAAUAAACAGUUAAAUUUAGCAGGCAAAUGAGUCAAUUGUUUAUUUUUAUUUGGAGAUAAAAGGCCUAGCUUUUAUUUGAGAAGAAAGAAUUUGUUACAGUAACUUAAUGGUUUCUCAUCCGUUUUUAG